CACAUAUUAUAAACCUUGCGGUUCAAGCAGCUUUAACUAUGUUAAAAGCUGUACCAUCAGAACAAACGGAAUCAUAUAGGCUUGAGCAAGGCUCUGCUCAUACUUAAGGCUUCGUUCCUAAUAGAGAUGAAGUGGCAACGGUUCUUAUAAAACUACGCCGACAUAUCUAUGUCUUCCGGAACCGUCGAGCAUGGAAAGAUGCAUUGAAAGUGCAAGCAUCUACUAUGGGUAUCCAGGUGGUUUCUCUGUCCCUCGACAUGCCUGUGCGAUGGAACUCAACAUAUCAUAUGCUUGAGAACGCUUUAAAGCUUGAGCAGCCGAUCAAUGCUUUAUGUGCUUCGCAAACGAUGGAUUUAAGUAUGCGUGAUAUUAUCAUUACAUCGAUAGAAUGGCAAGUGUUACAUGGACUCAAAGCGUUCUUUAAGAUAUUCGUCAAGCCUGCAGAGCAAGUUCAAGCUGAUAAUUAUCCAACGUUAAACGUCUGUAUUCCACACUAUCUACGGCUUUUAAAUAAGCUUAAGGCAAUGGAAAUCGCUCCAUCGACUAUAGCAGCAAUUAGCACAGCUUGUAAAGCGUCAUAUAGUAAGCUUGAUACUUACUAUAACCUUAUAACAAAUCAAGGCUCAAGCCACUCGUCAAUUGCUACUAUCUACGACCCAAGAUUCAACUUGAGUAUAUACGAAUUUUAUAUGCUAAAUAGCGCAGACGCUAUAAAACGAGAUAGGGCAAGGGCGCAGUUCGCAGCUUGCUUUAACCGGUAUAAAGACCGUGAGAAUGAUAUACAGGUUGCUGCCAUUGAAGCUACUAUUGCCGCCGAAACAGAGCAGAUAACAACCCCAAGAGAGCUUGAUUCCGACGACGAGAUGUAUCAGCAUCAUAGGCCUUUAAUUGAGGAAGUUGAGUGGCGACGAUGGCUUAAAGAGAGCGGAGUCGACCGCCAUACUAAUAUUCUCAAAUAUUGGCAAGCAAAGCAGUUUUAGUAUCCGGUUAUAUCACGGAUCGCACGGGAUUAUCUAGCAAUUCCAGCCUCAUCGGCAGCGUCAGAGCGCAUAUUUAGUGUCGGCG